GAAGCCAUCACGGUUUCCGCCAGUACCUAACGCCAUGUUGGUUGUACACCGGUGCUUUCUCCUGCCCCUUGUGGCUGCCCUGCACCUAGAAAUACGGGGAGAAAAUGCUCUAAAAGGAGACCAAGGUGCUCCAGGCUUUCCCGAAGAGGACCCGAGAGAGAUAGCACGGGGAUUGUUGUCUCAAGAGGAGAAGGAGACGUCUGUGGAAGGAGGGGGUGAGGACCAGAAGCGGCUUCACCUCCAGCAGGUCACAGCAGAUGGAGAACUCGGUGGUCGUCUUCGCAGGUACGUAGGGGAUGGCUACGUUGGAGGAUGGAAGGCCAGUGACAGCCAGAGUGACCCUGGACCUAUAAUAGUGACGUUGAUUCACUGUGAACAGCUCAUGAUUCUCAGAGAAACCACGAUGCAGGGUGUCCCCAUCGGCUGCACCUUCAGUAAGCGACUACCGACUCCGGAGCUUCAAGAGGAGCAGAUGGCGAAGUGGGAACAUCUGGCUAGUCUGGUGCAGGUGAUCGACUCCAUCUCAGAGUUUCUGGACGUCAUAGAGACCUGCUUCGCCACAGAGAACGCCACCCACAGGGUUGACUGGUCAAUCAUGACACUGGUCCAGGGAAUAGCGCCCGGUACGUUAUGGUGUGGUCAGAACCAGAUAGCUCAGGACCUCACUGAGCUGGGCGUCCUGCGGAGCCUUGAUGCCUGCUGUCGCCUGCAUGACCUCUGUCCCAUCCAGGUCAAUCCCCUGAGCUCGUACAGAGGAGUCAGCAACACGUCUCCGAAAUUCUUAACCCACUGCGAGUGUGACGUCCGUUUUGCAGAGUGUCUGGGAAAGGUGGACAGCUUCGCAGCUCGCAUAAUCUUCCACGCUUACUUCAACGUCUUCUUCCGAGGGGGGCUGUGUGCCAGUCAGAGAGAGUUCCUUCCGGUCGACACACUCUCCAAGAGUUUCCUGAACGUGUGGUCCAAUGUUAGUGAUGUAGUGCUGUCCCUCGCCAACCCCUCCGCUAACCAGACCAGGAGCUCUAGUUAUCUACGGACUCUACAGAGUAAACUGAAGCAUAAUGCGUCUUUCAGUAACAUUAUUUCAACAGUAUUUGAGGACAGUGUUACACAGGCCACCGAUGGAAUUUAUAAGGCACACAAGAUGGAGGAACAGAGCGACGCCAAGAUCUUGGGAACUAAGAAUCAUGAGCUGAUGUGCAAGUUAUAUCUGGGACGCAGAAGGUCGCGAAGAGAAGGUGAAGGCGAUCAAAAUGACAGUCUGCCGCUGGAUUUCUCAGACUCCAUCACUCGGUUACCAACCACUACAGGGCUGACUGGCAAUCUUUCCACCGUUACAGUAGCUGGUUCUCCCCUUCCCUCUUCAGUAGUUACUGACCAUCUUACCACCACCACUACAGAAGCUGGUUUACUUACAGCAGAAAAAAUUGGUGCCCGGCCACAUUAUGUUGGAAAUCAGAGUUAUCUGAUAAAUGAACAGUUGACUUCGGUUACUGAAUGGUCUGUAACGGAGACAAGAGACAUAAUUCAAGACAAAACAUUAAGUAUAUUGACGAGCGAGAGGGAGGCUUCUAAUACAGUCGCCUCUAUUUUGAUAUUGGAUUUUGAUUCGACUUCAAAUAGCACUUCGACCCUCUCAGUUGAGACGCUCAGUGCGGGAGGACGUUCAGAUUCUGCCAAUUAUUCAGUUUGGGCUCCACCCACGGCUCCUGCUCCACCCACGGCUCCUGCUCCACCCACGGCCUCGGCUCCACCCCCGGCUCCUGCUCCGGCCACGGUCCCACCCACGGCCCCGGCUCCGGCUCCACCCACGGCCACGGCUCCUGCUCCGGCCACGGCUCCUGCUCCACCCACGUCUCCUGCUCCACCCACGUCUCCUGCUCCACCCACGGCCCCGGCUCCACCCACGGUUCCGGCUCCAUCCACGGCUCCACCCACGGCCCCGGUUCCACCCACGGCUCCGGCUCCACCCUCAGCAUCGGGUCCAAAUAUGACUCUGCUCUCGUAUACCCCAAAUGUAACGGAGAGCAGUCUCUCCUCAACACUCUCACCAAACUCUACAGUGACGACAGAGGAGGAUGAAGAGAUGCUGCUGGCUUGCCACAAAUACGAAGAAAUUAUUCUCCACGAAGAGACGGAGGCCUUCAUCCGCAGGGAAUUGAUUGGGAAGGACAUUAGCGAAGAGCAGUUUGGAAAGCUUUUGUCCGAAUACAAUCGCAGACUCGGAGAAACCUUGAAGCGUCUUCCCAAUGUGGCCAAGGAGGAGGCAGAGCGUAUUUAUGAUAGUAUAUAUUAUAAGAACACUGAUGUGUUGGAUAAAAUAGCACCAAACUUGUUCGGAUACAAGAUUGGGCAACCGGACCAUCCGGUACCGGUAGAUGGUGACCCGGUACUCUCAGGUGGGGAGGCGUCGGAAAGUGAUGAAUCUAUGGAAGGUGAUUUAUGGGAAGGAAACUACGUCAUUGUCAAGUUUCGGGACUACAUCCGGGUCGUGCUGGAGACGUUGAAACACACCGACUCUGAAAAAUAACAUUUGUCCAUAUAUUUCUCGUUAAAUAUCAAGCUGUGUAUUACCAUGCAUAAACCAUUUGGGGAGAGACGGAACCGGUCUACUAUACAGCUUAAAAAUUAAUAACUUUUGAAUUUAUAUUGAUAUAAGUUUCUUUUUACUUUGAAAAUUAUUGAAUGUAUUAUUUGCAGUCUGAAGAAUGUACGACGGAAUAAAUGUAAUUUUAUGCAA